AUGGUUCUUUCUUUGCUUGCUCUGGGUCUGCUCGGCCCUGCCGCCCUUGUCGCAGCUUCGCCCCAAACCAUCACCCUAACACGCACCGAGUGGCAGACUGUUACUUCCUGCCCUGUCGCGACCGUCUCGCUUUGUGCCGCCUCUUGCAACGCAAAUCCCUACACCCUUGGGAUCAACGUUGGUUAUGCCACCGACAACACCCCUGUCACCACGGCGACCGUUACUCGAUCUGUAAUCCCUUCUCCCAGCCAAGGAUCAAGCAAUGGUCCUGGCUCUGGUCCUGGAAAUGGCAAUGGCUCUGGAAACAACCAAGGCUCCAACAACGGAGCUGGAAACAACCAGGAUUAUGCCAAUGGUUCUGGUUCCAACAAUGGUUCUGGCAAAACCAUCACUGUGAUUGAAGGCAAGACUAUCACAAUCUAUGGAGGCUCCACCUCGACCCUUACUGCCGGAGCUGUGUAUACCACGGACGUUGUAUAUCCCUCUUCCGUCACUUGCUCAGCAGGAGAGACCGUCAUCAUUGAGAAUGAAACUCUAGUCAUCACUCAGGCCACGACCAUCUACGACUGUCCUUGCACCAAGGCUGCAACUUUGACAGUGGGUGCGGCAUACACCACUCAGGUAGUCUACCCAUCCUCCAUGACUUGCAAUGGUGGUGAGACCAUCACCAUCUACGGAACAGAAACCGUUGUUGCUGGCCCCACCGUCAUUACAGACUGUCCCUGCACCAAGCCCACCACUCUUUAUGUCCCGGGCCCUACAACCACUUUGCCCGGAACCACGAUUACUGGAGGCGCGGCUUCAUCCUCAGGCGCUUCGGUCCCAGGCUCAACAGCUUCAGAUGGUGGUGCUUCAGGAUCCGGCGCAGCGUCCAGUGCAGUCGUCUCUGGCUCUUCGUCUGCUGCUGUUAGCGGCAGCGCGAGCUCAGGAAGCAACCCAUCGGGCACUGCCACUGCUGGCUCCUAUCAGACCGCUGUCGACGGCAUCAACUUCCUCGUUCAGAAGGGUGUCAACUACAACGGUACUCCUCUGAACAUCAUGGCUAAAAGACAAGCUGCCAACACACUGUCAACCUGUCUGAACACCUGUGCUGGAUCUUCCCUCUGCGUCGCAACUUCAUUCAACACAGAUACCUCCGCCUGUUUAUACUUCAGCGCUGUUGACCAGAGCAGCCGCCAUGCCCAAAGCGAAAUCACUUUCGCUAUUGCUACCUCUCGUCUCGCUGUUCAGUCCUCCUCGGUCGCACCUUCGGCUUCCGGAAGUGGUGUUGCUUCUGGCUCGGCCAGCAUCGCCUCUUCGACCUCGGGAGCUGCAAGCAUGUCUUCUGUAUCCGCCUCGAGCAUGAGUGCGUCUCUUCCAGGCUCCGCUGGCCCCACAAGUGCAUCGCAGUCCGGUUCUUCCAUGAUUGCGUCUGUUUCAGGCUCCGCUGCUCCUACAAGUGCAUCGCAGUCCGGUUCUUCCAUGUCUCAAGGCGGAUCGCAGUCAAGCUCUGUAGCUUCCUCCGCGUCCCAGUCCGGUGACGGCUCAUUCACCGUCGGCUCAUCCACCGUCGGCUCAUCCACCGUCGGCUCAUCCACCGUCGGCUCUGCCAGCGCUUCGUCUCAGUCCGCUUCAGGCUCUGGUUCUUCCAUCCCGUCAUCGCUCGGCUCUUCGACCCAGUCAGGCCCAGGCUCGUCAAUGCCCUCAUCUCCCGGGUCAUCUACAGAGUCAACUUCCUCGGGAACCAUCACCUCUGCUUCCAGCGUCAUCACCAGCGCCUCUUCUUCUGGCACGGUCUCGGCAUCGUCCAACAUGACCAUGACCAGCGCGGCCCCUACUUCGGCGCCUACUCUGGAGGUGUCAAACCAGCCUCUGCCUGCUUGUGGUAAUGCAAACGGUACAUCAACUCAACAAUGCUCGGAUGACUCGGGCAAUGUCUACGCCGUCACUGGCGGUACGGCUUAUGUUGGCGACUCAUUCAACACUUCCGACACUACACUCGACGAUGACGGCAACGUUGUCAGCGGAAGUCCAGCGAAAUUAAAGAAGCGUGCUUUCGCACCGUCCCUCCGCGCCUGUCUGAUCUACUGUGAUCGCUUCCAGGGUUGCAAAGGUGCCAACUUCUUCAACGGUGGCCAAUGUACUCUGUUCAGCAAGAUUACUGGCACUGCUCGCAACCCCAAUGCAUUCGCAGCCAUCUUUGUCGCUACAGCUCAGCAAGCAGCUGCAUCAAGCUCUCAAUACAGUGCCACUGCAACCAUGACCUCGUCUUCUGCUUCAUCUUCCGACGUAUCUACUUCAGCUAGCAUGACAUCUUCCUCUGUCGCCGUAUCUUCGUCUUCGGUAGUCUCAAUCUCCUCCACAAGCAUGGUUGUCUCGACUUCGAGCGCAUUGACUUCCUCAUCCGGUGCUACUCAAUCGACCAGCGAGGUCGUCUCCUCUACUGCUUCGAGCUCUGCUUCCUCUGGCGUCAUCAGCUCUUCCAGCUCUGCCAGCUCUUCCAGCUCGAUGCCAUCUGGUUCAGGAAACACUACCUCAAGCGGUUCUCCUAUGAGUACCAUGUCGAGCACCUCAGUCGCCUUCCCCGCUGGCAACACGACUUCGACUGCUGGUCCCACUGCCUCGACCGAUGUGUUUACCUCUUCUAUGAUUGGAACCUCAAGCUCGGCUGCUUCCAAAUCAGGUGACAGCACGACGACCAGUGCUACUUCCUCUGCAUCUAGCUCCUCUAGCUCAGCUGUCUUCACCAUGGGCAACAGCACCCUGACUAGCGCUGGCCCCACUGGCACUGGCUCUUCUAGUUCAUCCAAGAUCUCUUCUUCUUCUUCAAUGACCUCGUCAUCCACGUCUACAUCCAUGGAGAGCAGCAGCAGUGCUCCAUUCCCCAGUGGUAAUGGAACCUCUUCUGCUCUCUCUACCGGAGCUAUGACUACAUCCUCUGUUUUGAGCUCAUCUAGCUCUGCUCUCUUCACCAUGGGUAACAGCACCGUCUCAUCGACGGCUGGCCCCACUGGCACUGGCUCUUCUAGUUCAUUCGAAACAUCCUCUUCCUCCUCGAAGACCUCUUCCUCGUCGUCCGCAUCUGCAUCAAGCAGUGCUCCAUUCGCCAAUGGUAACUCUACGUCUUCUGCGCUCUCCACUGGUGCCAUGACGACCUCCUCUCUCUUGAGCUCCUCGAGUUCCGCUGUCUUUACCAUGGGAAACAGCACAUCUAGCACUGCUGGCCCAACUGCUCCCAUCACCUCCAUGUCAUCGUCCAGCUCCCCGAUUGCCUCCAGCUCGUUGAGCAGCGCCAUGUCUGCCAUGAGCAACAGCACAACAACUGCUCAGGAGACAAGCUCCAUGCCAACGCUCUCGAGCUCGAGCAGCGCUCCCUUCCCCAUGACAAACUCUACCAGCACCACAGCCAGCAUGCAACCCACAUCUGGCUCGGUGGCACCAUUCUCCAACUCUACAGUGCAGCGCCGCGCUAACCUCGAGUACUUCCUUGCCGGAGGCUCUCAGUAG